GGAAGAACCAUCAGGGAGUAAGGAGCCAAGAGAGAUGUAAACUUCAAUCUUCCGAUUCAAUCAGAGUUAAGAGAGAUAGAGAUGCUUCAGUGUAUAUUUCUCCUCUCCGAUUCCGGAGAGGUAAUGCUGGAGAAGCAGCUUACUGGUCACCGUGUCGACCGAUCCAUAUGCGAUUGGUUCUGGGAUCAAGCUGAUUCCUUUAAGUCACUUCCGGUCAUUGCUUCACCAACACAUUACCUUUUUCAAAUGGUUCGUGAUGGGAUCACCUUCUUAGCUUGCACUCAAGUUGAAAUGCCUCCUUUGAUGGCCAUCGAGUUUCUCUGCAGAGUAGCUGAUGUUCUGUCUGAUUACCUUGGUGGGCUAAAUGAAGAUCUCAUCAAGGACAACUUCAUCAUUGUCUAUGAGCUUUUGGAUGAGAUGAUCGAUAAUGGUUUCCCUCUGACAACAGAACCGAACAUCCUGAGGGAAAUGAUAGCUCCACCGAAUCUAGUCAGCAAAAUGUUGAGCGUUGUAACAGGGAAUGCUUCAAACGUUAGUGACACGCUCCCUAGUGGAGCUGGCUCUUGUGUUCCCUGGAGACCUACUGAUCCAAAGUACUCGAGCAACGAAGUCUAUGUUGACCUUGUUGAAGAAAUGGAUGCUAUCGUCAACAGGGAUGGAGAAUUGGUAAAAUGCGAGAUUUAUGGCCAAGUCCAAAUGAGUUCUCAGCUCACUGGUUUUCCUGAUUUGACAUUGUCCUUUGCAAAUCCGUCCGUACUAGAAGACAUGAGGUUUCACCCUUGUGUCCGCUUCAGACCUUGGGAGUCUCAUCAAGUUCUCUCCUUUGUCCCUCCUGAUGGACAGUUCAAGCUCAUGAGUUACAGGGUGAAGAAGCUGAAGAACACACCUUUAUAUGUAAAGCCUCAGAUAACAUCAGAUUCCGGUACAUGUCGAGUUAGUGUGUUAGUUGGGAUCAGAAGUGACCCUGGAAAGACGAUUGAGUCAAUAACAUUGAGUUUCCAGAUUCCUCAUUGUGUUUCAUCAGCAGAUCUCUCAUCAAAUCAUGGAACUGUAACCAUCCUCUCUAACAAGACAUGUACAUGGACAAUAGGGAGAAUCCCAAGUGACAAGACUCCAUGUUUGUCAGGGACGUUAGCGCUUGAAACGGGCUUAGAACGGCUUCAUGUGAAUCCGACAUUCAAAGUUGGGUUUAAGAUAAUGGGCAUUGCUCUCUCUGGCCUAAGAAUCGAGAAACUUGAUCUUAAAACUAUCCCUCCUCGUUUGUAUAAAGGGUUUCGUGCUCAGACACGCGCUGGAGAGUUCGACGUCAGAUUGUAGUUUUGUUGCUUUUCAGGUCAAAAUCUUUGAGACUUUUGGGUUUUUUUUUUAAUGGGUUGUGCCAACAAGAUCUUGGGACUUUUGGUUUAAUAUUUGUAUAAACCAUGUGUUGUUUUUUAAAACCUUGCUAUAUGGUAUAGUUUGGUUAUAAUAUAAACUGUUCAAACAGA